UUGGACACAGAUCAGUAACAUGCAUGUAAACCCGACCGACCUCCCGACGCUGCGGUGCUAUCCUACCAACCAAGUGACUACAACCUCCGAAAGAACACUCGCUUCUCGCCUCGUAUGAUCCAACCACUUCGCUUCUGCCUUUUGCUCUCCACACCCGAUGCAAAAUGUUGCCAAUACAGACGGAGUAGCGCGCCCGGCAGUCAAUUUAUCGCCUCGUAUCUUUCCGCUGCUCCUAACAUUGUUGCGGGAGGAUCCAUUGACACGCGUUGGUUGCUGUUUGCUGUGUGCUGUCUAUAGUGGUAGUCGUGGUGGUGGUGGACGGGAACACGGCUAGGCUUACAGGCCCAGGCGUUCGCGUCUUGUUUUUUUUUUGGGAUCCAAUAUCUACUGAUGUUUCGGACUAUACCUGAGUUUUAAUGUGCGCCAAGGAAAUCGGGGGAAAUCUUUGUCCUGGUUUUAGCACGGAACAUGUCUCUCUCAUGGCUCACUUGUUCACUUCUCCUAGGAACUUUAUGUGCAGGCUACAGUCUGGGAGAGGUGGAGACACGGGAGUGUGUAUACUACAAUGAUAACUGGCGGACGGAGCGGACCAAUCAGAGCGGCUUUGAGAGAUGUGAGGGUGAGAAGGACAAGCGUCUGCACUGCUACGCCUCGUGGCUCAACUCCUCAGGGACCAUCAAACUGGUGAAGAAGGGCUGCUGGCUCGAUGACUUCAACUGCUAUGACAGGCAGGAGUGUGUGUCCAUGGAGGAGAACCCACAAGUCUUCUUCUGCUGCUGUGAGGGAAACUACUGUAACGAGCGCUUCACGCACCUCCCAGAUGUCAUCGGCACCGGCAACCGAGUGAAGAUCCGGCCUCCCCCUCGCGUACCCUCCCUGUUGAAUGUAUUAGUGUAUUCUCUGCUGCCUCUGUGCGUGCUGUCCUUGGCCCUGGUACUGGCCUUGUGGAUGUACCGCCACCGCAAACCUCCGUACGGCCAUGUCGAUCUCAGUGAGGAUCCUGGGCCAACUCCUCCCUCUCCUCUCGUUGGCUUGAAACCACUGCAGUUGCUGGAGAUCAAAGCUAGGGGGCGAUUUGGGUGUGUCUGGAAGGCCCAGCUGAUGAGUGAAUACGUCGCUGUCAAGAUCUUUCCUGUUCAGGACAAGCAGUCGUGGCAGAAUGAGCGGGACAUUUUCCUGACUCCUGGGAUGAGACAUGAGAAUAUCCUGCGUUACAUCGCAGCGGAAAAACAUGGAUCAAACCUUGAGACAGAGCUCUGGCUGAUAACGGAGUUUCAUGAAAGGGGCUCCCUCACAGACCACUUGAAGGGGAACUCUGUGUCGUGGGCAGAGUUGUGUCACAUUGCUGAGACCAUGUCCCGUGGCCUGGCCUAUCUCCACGAGGACAUUCCCAGCUACAAGGGAGAGGGCCCCAAACCCACCAUCGCUCACAGAGACUUCAAGAGUAAGAAUGUGAUGCUGCGCGAUGAUCUGACGGCUGUGAUUGGGGACUUUGGGCUGGCUGUGCGAUUUGAGCCAGGGAAACCUCCAGGAGACACACAUGGACAGGUGGGCACACGGAGGUACAUGGCACCGGAGGUCCUGGAGGGGGCGAUAAACUUCCAGCGAGAUUCUUUCCUGAGGAUUGACAUGUACGCCAUGGGUCUGGUGCUAUGGGAGCUGGUGUCCCGCUGCUCUGACUCAGAAGGUAUGGCGACAGAGUACAUGUUACCAUUCGAGGAUGAAAUUGGCCAGCACCCGUCCCUAGAGGAUCUGCAGGAUGCGGUGGUGCAUAAAAAGAUGCGUCCAGCCAUCAAGGACCUAUGGCUCAAACAUCCGGGUCUAGGUCAGAUGUGUGAGACCAUAGAGGAGUGCUGGGACCAUGACGCAGAAGCUCGACUGUCGGCCGGCUGCGUCGAGGAGCGCAUCGUCCAGAUCUCCAGAACCACCAGCGGGCCUACCUCCGACAACCCCGUCUCCAUAGUAACGGCUCUCACCAACGAAGACCUACCUCCCAAAGAGUCCAGCACCUGAGCACCACUGUCCUCCCUUUUUCGCCCCCCCCUCCCCCCCUCCAAACACAAACUUUUUAUUCAAAUCCAAACUCAGCGGUAAAAAAAACCAAGCGUCAUGAAUGCAGCUGCUAUUUUAAUACCCCCCCUUCCCUGAUAUUAGGUUGUUUUUACAUUAUAAGAAUCUAAUGAUGCCCAGAACAAAAUGGAGGACAAACGCAAGUCUAGCUGGAUGCAAUUUUGAAGUAAAAAUCCCAAACAGAAAUUUAAUAGACAUCAGACAAGAACAUUUUUGUUAGCACAUAGGCCUGCAACCUUGCAAGCAGACAGGGUGUUUAGCUGUAAAAAUAACUAGCAAGGUUAAGGACACUCAAAAAAUAAUUUCAUUUGACAUAAUUUAGUGGGGAGUAUGUCUCUCUGCUUGCCUUGGUUCCCCCUGGAGAAGCUGGGGGAAGUGUCCGGGGUGAGGGAAGUCUGGGAGUCCCAACUUGGACUUGACUUUCCUGUAGUGAGUUAUACUCUACUCAAAUUGUCAAAGUUUUAAUAAUUAUUUCCAAAUUCGUUAGAAAAUUAAAGGGAAUUUCAGUAGGAAAAUCUAUUGUACAUUGUGGCACCAUAUAAACGUACAAAUUGCAUAUUAAAAUUAAGCCCAAUUCCUAAGCAUUCCAUUAACAGUUGUAAGUAUUCCAGUUUGAAUUUUCUUGCUUAAAUUGCUUCUAGCCUAUAAAAUUCUAGGUGCUGCUGGUCUCCAUUUUGGUUUGUGACAUCAUGGGUUUUGACAAUGUGAAAACGCGAUAUAUACCGGUAUUAUUUUUUUUUUUAGUCCGAUUUUUGUACUAACACAUCCAUCUGCUGUAGUGAGUGAUAGGAAUAAGCUAUGGGCGGGCACAUCAACGUUCACCAUGUGUCAAAUCUUAAUGUCAUUACCUCAUGCAUGACUUUGUGUUAGACUAUUUUAUUACCUCAUAAGUUUGUCAUUUUCCUUGUCUUUGGUCAUGAUCGUCUUGGCGGCCAAAUGAACCUUAUUGUUUCAUGCUGCACCUCGGGAGGAAAACCGCUUUGAGACUGUUAGACAAAAUAUACUCAUCUUCCUCAGGGGUUGAAGAUUUUUUAAAACAAACAAAAAAACCUGAGUGUGUAUGUGCUCCCUUUAUGCUAACGCCGAUCGACUUCGGAGCACUCGAGAAAGGAGGAGCUAGCAUCCUGGACAUUUUGUGAAGAUUUCGGGACAAACUUGACUUGUCCCCGAGGAACUACCUCUCAGGUAUUCAGUAGGCUUCUUCGGAACAUUUUUAUCUGAGUUUGAGAGCUAAGCUAUACCCGGCUAGCUAUCAUGGACAUAAGAUUCCUGGAUUUUUUAAAAUGUAGAAAUUCAAGAGUUACUCCUUUGCCAGUGCCAGGGGCAUUGAUGGAUGCUGUCCGGAGUUGCAAUGUUACACAUUCUUGAUUUUAAGUGAUUUGAGUGAAAGUGAGUGUGCAAAUGUGCAAAAGUAAUUCGGAAAAAGUUGGGGCGCUGUUCCAAGGUGGAUUAAAAUAGAUUCAGCCAGUUGUAAAUUGUGUAAAAAUGUAUAGAAAAAUAUUUUAACAGUAUUGACAGUAACUUGAAAGGCCCCAAUAUCAGAGAUCGACUGAUAUGGGUUUUUUUCACUGCUGUUGCCGAUAUUGAUUGUUUAGAAUCCAGAAAAAACGAUGGCUGAUAAGCUCUGCCAAUAUUUAGGGCUGAUUUUAUUUUAUUGUAUUAUUAUUUUUUAUUAUUAUUAUUUUCCCCAAACGAUCUAAUUGGAAUUUUGUAGAAACUCGUACACAAAAUGAUUUUACUAAAAUCGUAUAAGAGCAGUAUAGUUAUAUUUUGUGCAGUGUCCUCUUCACCCAAAAGUGCCCACCCAAAAACUUUAAACUCAUUUGUUUGGACCUAAAACAGCAGCCUGAUGUAUAUCUAUCUCUACUCUAAAUUUGGAAAACACUGUAUAUUUGAGUAUUCCUCUUUUUUAAUUUAUGCCCAGUAACCUACAUAUUUGUGACUAGAGCAACAUAAAACUGACAUAGUGAAUUACGUUUUGAAGAGCAUUUUGCAACUUUCACUAGGGACAUGAACUGGAAUGUCAGCAUCUCUUUUAGUAUUAUUUGACUUAAUUCAUCCAGUCCUUUUGUGACACUGCAUUAAAAUGAAUGGGGGUUGAUGAAUGACACAAAACAUCAAACUAAGCCAGCUUGUUUUGAUUUUGACCUUUACACAGCCCCACAGCUUUUCCCGUCUUGUUUUUGUAACUACUAAAAGACUGACUGGUUGUGAGUGCUGUGCGGCUCUAGAACCACGGGCAGAUAUAAUUUGGGGGGAUUUCUACUUUGUGCGAGGGCCAUACUUGAGUAUAUAAAGCAACAUGUCUGUUUAUUUUUAAAUUUUAUUUUUUAUUUUCUUUUUUUUUUCUGUUGGCUGUUUGUUGACUUAGCCUCAGUCGGACACCAGUCCCUCACAAAUACCUCACUUCACUGUAUACCUGUUUCAUGCAAGGAGAGCUCAAAAUGGUUGCCUUCUCAUCUCACAAAUGCAAAAUGCCAUAGUCGUACAGUAUAUAACCAUAAACAUGACUUUUUACCAUACAUUUGAAUGUCCGUAAUGCUGCUGUGACUAUUUUCACAAUACUCAAGGAUUUGUAGAUGUUUAAUAUGACGCUAACCAUGAUACUCUGUGGCUAAUCUGUUUUGUGUUAUUUUUUUAGAGUGGGCCUGCAGUUCGUUCACUCUUUCAGACUGACCUCAGAUAUUCUGACAAGUACCUCAGGCUUUUCUACAUGUAUAUCAACUUGUGUUAUGUAUUUGAUUGUGUUUUAGUAGUUGAAAUAUUUUAUUGCCGGUCAGGCCUUUGUCGUCUGUGGAGAUUUUUUCCCCUUUUUUCUAAAAUUUGAAGAGGCUGACCACUUGUCAAGGUGUUUGAAAAAUGCUGUACAAACCGAAAAAAGAAGACGUGGGCGAUUAGUUGUAAAUAGCCUGGACACAGUUCUUGUACACUGAUGUUUUUUAAUCAGGGCAUUAUUGAUGUUGUCAUUUACCACAAAGGGAUUUCUCAGCUCCAAUCCUGCGGGUGCAUCUGAGGAAAUUGGAAAAUUUUGUAAAAGUGAAUGUAUUUUUGCAGCUUAAUUUAAAGUGAACUACAUUAUAAACCAAUCAGGAAUUAUGGCGAUCUGCUUGUAUUGAUUGCUAUAAUUUUUUAUUCCCACUAAUAUGUACCUUCUACAAAUUCUAGCAGAACCAGGAUUCUUCUUAGUAUUAUGAACUUGGCAACUAAUACUAGCAAAUAUAAGGUCUGCCCAUAUUGUUACCUUGAACCACUUUUGAUGGAUAUUGACCACUUCAAUUUAAUGUAUUUUUGUAUAGCGUUUAUAUAUAGGUAUUCUAAUCUACACCCCACUAAAGUUGCAAUAUUUGAGAUACUCUGGUCUGCGCCCACAUUCAGCCAAUCUCGCUGAAACGUUUAGCUUGCCAAUUUUUUGCCAUUAAAUAUAUGGACAAAUUGUUUAACCUAUACCACUUCUAUUUACCUUGGUCAUACUGUUGUCUGAAUGACAGAGGUGGGGAGAGUGGCCAAACGUUGUACUUGAGUAACUACCGGUACUUCAAAAUAUUACUCAAGUACAAAGUAGUGGUCCAAGAAAUUACUCAAGCAAGAGUAACUUCAAGAGUAACUGCCAGGACGUAACAUCUGAUUUUAUAUUUUGAUGUUAAUCUGAUUUGAAGGACAAAAUAUUAAAUAAACAUUUAAGUAAUGCCCAAAUCUGGGAUUUUCAGAGGGUAGACACAAAAAUGAGAAACUAAAUCAUAUUUGAAGGAGCGGUGCAAGAAAUACAAAUGUUCAAAUCAUUUCAUAUUGUCAAUGUAAAGCUUUUUAUCACUUGUAGAUUUACUCACAGUGGGAAGAGUAACCAAAACUUUUACUUGAAAAUAUUACUCAAGUAGGAGUAAAAGUAUGCUGCUAGAAAACUACUCUAAACAGUACAAUUUCUUUAAAAAAAGAUACUGAAGUAAAUGUAACUCAGUACUACCCACCUCUGCUGUUUAUCAUGUUUUUCACUUUCAAUUUUGCUGUUUAAAAUUUUUAAUAUUCCACAAAGUCCACCUUUUUUUUUUUUUUUUUUUUUUUAAAGAAGCACCUGUAUUGAAAAUCUUGUUGACAACUAGCCCUGCGAUUUUAUAUACUGAUUUUAAUGGUAUCAGUUUGUCUGGGUCAGAAGCUGUGUAGGUAGCACUUGCAUCAUUAGAGAGCAUAUUGCUGUAUAUCAUUGAAUGGGGACAGAAAAAGACUACAACAAUAAAAAUUAGCAUGGGCGGCUUAGCAGUUGGGCCCCUACUUCUGCCGGAAAUGCCAGUUAAAACAGUAUUACCUCUAUAUUAACCCGUUGAUGUGAUGCUAGGAUCUGCUCAGAUAAAGGUGUUAACAAUAGACAACGCACAACUAUAGGCCUGCUAGUGUUGUCACGAUACUAAAAUUUCAAACUUGAUACUAAGGAAUAGAACUGAUACUCAAUACUGAUACCGAUACCUCUAAAGCUAUUCAGGAAAGGUUCAUUUCGGUCCUGUGAAUGUGACUUUUUUAGUAUCGAUACCUGCUCAAAUGAGUAUUUGGUUUUAAUAGUUUUAGGAUAAAUUAAGUAUUUGAUUUUUGAUACUUUUGACAACGCUAAGGCCUACAGUAUAGUUGUGUGUUGAGAUGGUGACUUUGAAAUAAUGGUAUUAUUCUAUACAGUUUUUUGGUAUUACAACAUGCAGAAGGAUAGUGUUCUGAAGAAACCACUUGUCUCUAAUUGAGAAUUCACUAGCUGGCCAAUUUAUUAGGUACACUUAAUCAUGCCUCUGAUAUCAGUUUUUCAUAAAAUACACCGACCAAUCCAUACUAUGUUUAAAAAAAAUAAUAAUUGAAAAAGAAAAAAAAGUCAAUUCAACUCCCAUUAUUUAACCUCAUCUCUGAUCAUUUUACUGUGCAAAACCAAAGUCAUUUUUCAAAGUAAUUUCAUGAAAACCUUUCGAGACAUAUUUUUACUAUUUAAUACAAUUGCUCUAAACCUGAAAUAAGCUAAACAUGAUUCAAACUAAAUCAUUCAGGGUUUUUUGCAUUGUUAUGAUGCAUCUGUUUAAGGAGGGGGUAUUAUGCAAUUUUAUUAUAAUUUUUUUUAAGUUUUCUAUGAUGUUAUAACCAUUGUGUUCUCAUCAAAAAAAAUCCUGGAGAGAUUUUAGAUGUCAUCCAUGCAUGUUUCAGUAAUUUAGAGCUGAGCAAUGCUCAGCCCACAAGCCCAUGUUGCCUAUGUGCUAAUUCGAACAAUCUCUAUAAAUAUGCAAAAGUAUGAUACAAAACUGUACAUAACAACUUCACAAACCCGAUGUGAUGUGCAGUAGUUUCAUUAGUGGAAUCUACACUAUUCACUAUUGUAAUGUGAUAGUGCUCUGUAGGGGGGGUGACUAGGCACAGAGAGCAAAGAGUUGAGCGUCAAAAACGAAAGUGAAACUUACAAAACAUGUUAAUAUGUUGUUUUCGGCAAAUUUAGCAUUUUCAGAACCAUAAAAUGUACAACAGUCAUCUAAAUAUGUUGUGUUAAUGACCCAUAGAAGUAGAAUACCUCCUCUUUAAGAAUAUUUUCUCAAUCAAAACAUUUCAGAUAAGCUAAACAUUGUGUUUUUAUACAACUGUAUUCAUGUCCCUGUAUAGGUCCUCAGCCCACCAGCUGAGAACCAAUGAUCCUUUAUAGCAUUUGACCCUAAUUUUUAAUACUCGGUGUAAACUAUUCUUGAAAGAAAUCCAUUCUCUUGCUGCUAUGUCCAAUAACUAUGUGCAUUAACCAGCAAAUUAAACUAGUACGUAGCUAAUAAAAUGGCCAGCUUGUGUAAUCCUUGGAGAAAUCAUGUUGACAAUGGACUAGGCGUGGUCCAGAGGGGUCCAGCAAUAUUUAUUAUACAGCAAUAGUCAUUUGAAUACCACGUAAUUCAAGUAAUUUAGCUGUGAGUUAGCAGUGUCUACUUCUGCCGAUCAAUAGCGCAUCUCAGUACACCUGGUUCCUGUUCGAAAUGGUUGCAAAUUUUUGGAUUGAAAGGUAAAAUAUUUUACGAAGUUGGUGAACGUUUAAACUAGGUGCUUAUCUUUCACAUAUUGUGCCAGAAAACGGAGAUUGCGAGGUAAAAAGUGAAAAAAGUAUUGAUUUUUACCUCCAAAACUGCUGUCUUAAGCCUAGCUCUUCUGAACAGAAAACCCACUUACCUCAUGCAGUACCUUGUUAGAAACGCUAACAUGGAAGUCAGUCAUCUUCUGGAAUUAAAAUUGAAAAAUUAGAAAAAAAAAAUCUAUUAUCAUGUAUAUAUUUACUUGACAAAUGUAAAGGGUUUCUUCCUUUUCAUGUGUGAAUCCUGUGAAAGCAAAAUCCUACUCUUUUUGAUUUUCAAACAUCUUGUUCAUUUCUUGUAGUGUUUUGAGUGUAUGAAUGUAAGGAUGAUGGAUGGAUAGAUGUGUGGAUGGAUGGAUGCAGUCCCUGUUUCAUGUGAAUCGUAUGUGUCGAUAAAGAUUGUGUGCAUUUGAAUUUCACAAAAAACGAGUGCGAGUGGCUAUGUUCUAUGUAUGUGAGACGAAAUGCUUAGAAAUAUAAACUAGAAGAGAAUACAUCCAUCUUUUGUAUAUGAAAAUAAAGACAAACACUGAUUA